GCUAUUUCUGGGUGGCGAGAGGAGGUUAGGCGUUAAAUCAAAAUGUAAUUAAAAUUGGUAAACGAUUUAAUCUUAAUCAUGCAGAGAGUUUUGCUGCUUGUGUUGUGUUUUAUGUAUUUUCAACCCUUAGAUGCUGUUUUUGGAUUCCUUGAUGUAAUAUUUGGCGAUUCUUUUAAGAGACCACGGCCAGUAAAAUGCAACGCAGAUUUCACGGACUGCCACUACCUGAAGGAUGGAACUGAAGGCGUUAUUUAUAUCGGCAACAAACUUACAGCCAGACGGGGGAGACAAGGAGCAAACGAAAUUCAUUUCCAUCUGCCAGAGGAAAAAUAUCUGUCAGGGGUCCCAGGCAACCAGCACUAUGCUCAUCCACAGAAGUUUCAAGACCUUGGAAGAAGAAAUAGGCUCAGUAAUCUAAAAUAUCCGGCUCUGUCAGAAGAAUCUGUAAUUCUAGAAGCGUUUGAGCCAGAACGAGCUAGUGUUGAAGAUUAUUAGAUGUUUUAUUCGAGGUUUUGGGUAAUCAAAACAAAAAAUUUAAAAUAAAUGUUUUAUGUA